UUUGAGCUUGUUAUUUUAAACGCCAUUAACAAACCUCUGAGCUCUCUCAACUCUCUGUUGCCUCUGUUUGUUUAUCUACUGUAUUAUUUUUUAAAAUUUUGUUCGAGGAAAUAUGUUCUACUCACACCAGCUACUAGCUCGCAAAGCUCCUCUCGGCCAGAUAUGGCGGGCUGCGACUAUGAAUGCGAAGAUAAACCGGAGGAAGCUAGACAAGCUUGAUCUGAUCAAAAUCUGUGAAGAGAUCUUGAAUCCUUCAAUUCCCAUGGCUCUUAGGCUCUCAGGGAUUCUUAUGGGCGGCGUAGUUAUUGUAUACCAGAGAAAAGUGAAGUUACUCUAUGAGGAUGCUACCCGUCUCAUGAUUGAAAUAAACCAUGCAUGGAAAGUCAAAGCAGAAAGGGAUCCUACCAUUCUUCCUCAGGGAAGAACCCAAGCCAAGAAAGAAGCAGUUACCCUCUCUGACGUCCGAGAGCUAGAUGUUGGAGAUGAACAGUCACUUGACUUCUCUAAUGGAAACACCGUAAUGAGGUUCCAAAGCAUGGACUAUAUUGCGAUGAGGUUAGACAGUGUGGAUGAGUCUUAUAUAUAUAACAAUAUUGAAGAGGAAGAUCCACACAGACAAUCUCAUCAAGCUGAUCUUGAGAAGAUCACAAUUUGGGAUCGUGCUAAUCUCUUUGAAACGAAUAUGGAGAUGCACGAUCACUUUGAAAGAUUUGAAGUUGAAGGGGAUGACGAAAUGCCGAUAAACUUCACUUCAGUAGAUCAUUCAUGUGAAAUCCCAACUCAGAAGCCAUCUUCACCGCCACAAGGUGCUCCUGAAAGAGGUCAUGAAACAUUAUGUCUUAAGCACUCUGGAAUCUUUGCAACUGCUGAGUUUGAAGUUCGAGAACAAGAAUACCAAGUUGAACAAGAAACUGAGGACCAGAAUAAGCAAGCACGAGUAAGAAAAAAGGCGAGAAUGAAGACAGCAUCUAUCAUGGAUUACGAACAAACAAUUAUCCCUGGCCAUGUUUACCAGUCUUGGCUUCAAAACACUUCGGAUAUUAUCUUCAGAAGAGGAAAUCAGAGAAGGAAACGCAGAUUUUCUACUUCAACUGUGAAACUGAAUAACCUGAUGAAGCUGCCACCAGUGGCACAAACAGAUUAUUCUUUUAAAAUGGGAAAUGGAGAUGUCCCUUACCCUGCACCUCUUUUGAAUCUCUGGUUGCAACAUACCAAGUCUCCUGAGAGGUCAUUUCCUCCCCUACCCCCAGAACAUUCACCACCAGUGAGAGGGCAUUAUCAUGAGCAAGUGAGAGAUCCGUUGGAGGACUUUCAGAGCAGAGCCGGGUCCCAAUCCCUUGGUGCUCCAACAGAAAGGCAACGAGCAACAAUUUUUGAGGCUGAUAUAUCAAGAGAGGGCUUACCUGAUGAGCUGAUAGGCAAUCUUAAUAACAAUUUUUCUGGAGCAACUGCCGUCAAUUUUAUGGACUUCGCCGAUGAUGUGAGCUCCAUUCCAAGCUCAGCAUCUGGACAUCGUUUACCAUCAUAUAAUUUAGAAGUUAAUUUAGGACAAAUGUCAGGGGAUCAACUGAGAUCCAUCCUAAGUACAGCACCUGGACAAGAUAUGCCAUCAUACGGUUCAGAAAUCAGUUCAGGAAGAUCCAACAGGAGAGGUCCUAAUUCUUCAUCUAGAAACAGUAGACAUGGCCUUGAACCAGUAGCUGAAGAGUAUCCUGACCCAAAUUUCAAGUUGUCUUCAUUGACAGAAAAUGGCAUGAUACCUGAUCAAGAACUAUUGGUGGAAACUGGACCUACACAAACUCAGUAUCCAAAUAUCAACCACUCUGAUGACAAGCUAACUGAUUGUAUCCGAAUGCAGAUGAAAGCUCAUUUUGAGACACCAGGAACUGCUCAAGUGGAAUCCCUGAACAAGCUUGCAGCUGGAAUGAACAGAAAAGCAGCAGCUCAGCUCUUUUAUCAGACUUGUGUGCUUGCUACCCGAGAUUACUUGACAGUUGAACAAAAUGUACCUUACGGUGACAUUUUCAUCUCUAGAGGAGCAAAGAUGUGACGGGACAGAGUCAGGUCACAAUCUAAACUUUGAAAAUUUUCUUCUGUUAGUUUUCUUGGUGUAAUUUUGCAGCUAGCUUAUGAUUUUAUGACUAAAAACUAAAAAAUUCCAAGAACCUAAGUUUAAAUCUAAAACCUGU